GAAGGUAAAGAAAUAGUCUUCCGGAUAGGGGCGUGAAAACAACUACUGUACUCUCGUAUUGAUGCUAGUCUACUGUAUGUUUCGUUUCCAGUAGGAAAAACAACGAAAACAAGCACUACUAAAGCAUCUCAGGUGAGGAGAAGAUGGAGGAGAAUGAGGAACAGUCAGACGUCCAGCAGUCAGACCUCGGCGUGAGGAAGGGAAACUACGAGGCAGAAAGCUUCAGGCUGCACUUGGUGACGUGGAACGUAGCCACAGCUGAUCCUCCAGAUGACCUGUCAUCGCUUCUCCACCUGAAUUCCCCAAAGAGCCCCGACCUCUACGUCAUCGGUUUGCAGGAGGUGUACUCGGGGCCAUUGAGAUUCGUCUCAGACACUGUAUUUGAUGAUCCAUGGAGUCAUCGUUUUAUGUCCACCUUGGCACCACGGAAAUACAUUAAGGUGUCUUCCAUCAGAAUGCAGGGUCUGCUGCUGCUCUUCUUUUCCAAAAUGGAACACGUCCCCUUUAUCAGAGACAUCCAGGCCACGUACACACGCACUGGCAUUUUCCGUUACUGGGGUAACAAAGGUGGCGUGUCUGUCCGUCUGUCUUUCUAUGGCCACAUGCUCUGUUUCCUCAACUGUCACUUGGCCGCUCAUAUGAAAUACGCCACGGAGAGAGUGGACGAGUUUGAGUACAUUAUGGACACGCAGACCUUUGACUGUAAAAAAACUCCCAGAAUUGUUGACCACAGGCUGGUCUUCUGGUUUGGAGAUCUCAACUUCCGUAUUGAGGACCACGGCAUGCACUUUGUCCGCACCUGCAUCAACAAUCAAACCUACAGCCUGCUGUGGAGCAAAGACCAGUUGACAAUGAUGAAGAAGAAAGAACCGAUGCUCCAAGAGUUUGAGGAAGGGCCUUUGGACUUUCAGCCCACGUACAAGUUUGACCUAAACUCUGAUACUUAUGACAGCAGGCUCUACAGGACAUGGUUUGGCUUUAACGGGAAGAAGCGUAAACCGGCGUGGACCGACAGGAUUCUGUGGCGGCAAAGACCCAAAGCCACGCUCCCUGAUGAGCAAGAUGAAAACAGAGUUGGACUGGAAGCGAAGACGGUCAAGCAGCUGGAAGAGGAUGAUGAGUACCCUCUGAAGGUUAAACAAGACUUGUACAUCAGCAACAUGGAAUACAGCAUCAGUGACCACAAACCUGUCAUUGGCAUCUUCACGCUGGAGAUGAGGAAGAUGUAUGGGAGUCCUUUGGUCCGUCUGCAGGCGGAGGGAGACUGGAGCGCAGACAUCGACGCCAUGGUUCUCUACAGUCCCCUGCAGCCGUUCCCCUCUAGCUCAUGGGACUGGAUCGGCCUCUUUAAGGUUGGAUUCACUAGUGUGUCGGACUACAUCACCUACACGUGGGUCAAAGACGGCGAGGUGGCCUUUAAUGAUGAAGUCAUGCAGGUAGUAUAUGUUGAUAAAGAGGAAAUCCCUGUGCGGGGAGGAGAGUGUGUGCUCUGCUACUACAGCAGUGUUUUGCAGUGCAUCAUUGGAAUUAGUGAACCAUUUAAGGUCCACGAGUCCAAGGUAGCCAUUGAGGAAGGUUUGGUGCCCGAGAGGAUCAACGGACUUGACAAAACCAUAGCGAGUGACGACCUUUGGAACUGAUCUGUGAUGAGUCACAGAUGUGGUAUGAUGUAGAAGGGUUUCCGUUUGGCCUGGAUUGCCUGAACCACAACAGGACCUUUAUUUACUGUGUUUCCUAACUUACUGACGAAGGAGCAGAUUAGGAAGUGCUGUUCAUGCUGUUACACAUCCCCACUGACCUCUCUAAUGCUGCCAGUGUGACUACUUAGACCUCUGUGGUCAGUACACUUAUUUUGCAAGUA